AUGGAUGACGUCGUGGAGCUCGUCCUGACGCCUUUCAAGGAUGUCGUGGAAAAGGGCAGGGUUGCUGCCAACAAUGCUGGCGACUCUCAGCCCAUGCUCAAGGCCGCCCUUGCGCUUGUCAAGGAGGGCGAACGGGCUCUGAAGCGCAUCGAGCCUUUGUGCAAAAAACACCUGGACGAAUACGGAUCAGGUUUCGUCGAUGCGCUCAAAGAAAAUGACGCCCUCAGCAACUACCGCACGGAGCUUACAGACCUCCUCUGGGAGUUUGACGACUAUGUCGAGGCCGAAAACUUCGAUGCCGACAAGUACACGGAGCUGCAGGGUGUUUCCCGCAAGGUCGCCCCCAGAGUCUACGACAUCCUCAUGCGAAUGAAGCUCGAAGUCCCAGCACAAGGCACUGCAAACCUAUUCAUGUCGCAGCUGUCGCCGCCUUCGUCGCCUCACUCCAUGCAUCCCAACUCGCUUCUCAACACCCCACGAGACAUGUAUCGCCCCGUUGUCAUGUCACCCCCCAAUAGAGACUCGUUCAGCAGCUCUCAGACGGGCUCCGUCACGGAUAUCAACACGGUGGAAGACGCAAACAACCACCUCCAGAGGCUAAUGAGCAACCAGACUGCGCGCAGCCGCGAUGGAUCCAUGGAUGCUCUCGGGCUGAGGCGAUCGCCAGCACCUCCAGAGCAGCCACCAAACCCACCAUCGUCGAACCCGUGGGAUCCCCGCACCGCGACGCUUUCUGACGACGGUCGUUCCGAGUACAGCCCCGUUGAGAGGCGGCCGAUGCUCCUGAGGCCCGAGUCGCCCGUCGAUCCCGCCAUAUCUCCUUUGAGCCCCGCGCGAGACCAUGGUAACGUGCGUAGGACGGGGUCCAAUGCCAGCGAUUACGAAUCCGACGACCGGCGGCAGUCCUCGAGUAGCAGCGCUUACUCGUCCGGUUCCUUCUUUGGCCAUUCCUCCAGAACGAGAUCAUCAAACAUUACCAUGCCCAUCCCGGAAGAAGAGCUGGUUGAGCACUCAGUCAAGCCCCUGCCACAAGUGCCUCCGGUUCGCUACUCACCUAUGCCUCCGCCGACACAAGUCCAAAUUCCGCGCAGAAUGUCAGCCGAGUCGCGCAGCUCCACCGGCGCCGUUCGACAGCAGCUCAUUGUCGUGAACAGUGCUCCGGCCACCAGCGCACCGCCGCCGGUACCGCCUAUUCCCGAAAACUAUGCUACGCAGGUGGAACAGCCGCGCAGCCCCCUGUCUCCCGGUAACGCUCCGUCGGAUCUUGAGGUCAGCUCGCCAGUCGCGCCGAUCAGAGAGAUCGACAAUGGCCUCAUUCCUGUUGAGACGCAGAGUACGACCCGGGGUUCAGACAUGCACGCGCCGGGUCAUGACUGCACCAUCGGAGCGUCUGCAUCAUUUUACCAUCAUAAAGGGUUCUGCGAGGGCGCCAAAGAGGUCAUCAGAGGCGAUGUUGGGGUCAAGAAGACGCAGAAACCUGUGAGGCGGACGUUGUCGAGGGUUGUGGCGAGAUGCACCGGUUGCCUCUAUGAGCUGGACUUUGCGCAGGUCGAGAUCGAUGUGAACAUGCAAGAGGAGGGCAACUUCACCAAGUGUGACGUUGCUUAUCGUCUCCGCUUCCUGCAGAAGAGCCACUUGCCCGCAAAGAGAGUCGACGACGUCUUGUACGCCUGUCUCUUCUGCAUACACGAGGGUCGCACGCUGGACGAGAGCGAUGCUACCGUCUUCUUCACCACCCGCGCUCUCUUCAGCCAUCUGGCCCGUCAUCCCCGACCGCUACCCGUUGUUCCCGGCAUCACCGUCGUGGAAACACCCGACAUGCCACCACAAUUAAGGAAUAAUUACGACCUUCACUUCCCCCAGCCGCCUGCACCACAUCCAGCCAAGGAGCAUUCUGCAGAGAUAACAGGGCUUCCGACAGGAGUUGCAAAAGAGCAGGCGCGGAGGAUCUACGGGCAGAGACUUCUCUACGACCGCACAGAAGCGUUGGAACUCGCCCAGGGCGCUCGCAUCAGUGGCAUUAAAUGGCCGCCCAAGUAUAACGGCGAAUGGAUAUUCGCAUGGCAUGACGGCGUGUUUGCCUCGGUUCCAACGGAUGUUAUCAAGCUCGACAGGCCGCUAUCCUCGGAGAUCAAGAUGGGGGGAACAAGCCACGUCAAGGCGAAGGCCAAGUGGAAGUUUGCGCCCAAGGAUAAAGAAAAGGGAGAUUGGCUCAAGUUCGACAAGAACGAAAUCAUCACCAACAUCAGUUGGUCACAUCCUGACCACUGGUGUUGGUCUGGCACGAACGCCAAGGGCAAAUGGGGCAUCUUUCCCCAAGCAUUCAUCGAUCCCAACACAGUAUCGCAAGACCAGGCGGCAUCAGAGCACCAUUCGGACCGCGCAAGCCUGUUAUCGCAUGAGAGGCCAAGAACUGCCGGCAUAUUGUCCAAGUUCUCGACUCGAAGACCGUCAAGCUGA